AUGGAGAAAUCUAGCGCUGGUGUCAGCACGGUGUCGGGAGAAGAAGUGCAGGUUCUGGUCCUGAAACUGGAGCGUUGCAAAGGCACUCUGCUCUCGGAGCUUCCUUUGGUGGACCUUUCCCAGCAGCGUGAUGCAGUCAAAAAGGCACCGCCACCCAAGCAUUUGGUGCAGACCGAGAGCAUUUUUCGUCACUUGGAGCAUCUGGGGAUUAUGUCUUCGCAAGGAGUGCCUUGCUUCAUUGAACUGGGGUGCGGUACUGCCAAGUUGUCGGAUCAUGUGAGCGAAAGACUUGGUGGACAGUGUUCUCAUGUUCUGAUCGACAAGAAGGCUGCUUCAUCGUUCAAAGCUGAACGGUUGCGAGAUGGGUCGAUUCGUCACCGGCUGCAACCCAGUCACCGAUUCGUCAGGAUUGCUGCUGAUCUUCAAGAUAAAGAUCUCCUUAGGAGUGUCAUGCUUGACGAAUUGACAAAGACGACGAGCCCCUCAUUGAAAGAUACCCAUGCCACGAAAACUAACUUUAUAGCAAUUUCAAAACACCUCUGUGGCGCUGCGGCAGACUAUGCUAUUCAAGGCCUUGACUACUUCGCUAGUGUGGAUACAUGCCAUGCCCCCCCACCAUUUGUAGUGGCAACCUGUUGUCACCAUCGUUGUGAAGAAGUAUCAUUUAGCAACAUGGAUUUCUUCCGAUACCUGGGCUUUUCGAGGCGUGACUUUGAGGUGCUACAGAAGGUCACUCAUUGGUUUUCCAUCAAAGUCAAGCGUGCUGACCUUGAUGAAGCAACCAACGACGAAGGAGGAGUCCAGUAUGCCAGUUUGCCACCCCUCCCACCCGAGCCAUUUUCAAUGGAUAUUGAGGGGUUCUCGUCAUCGCAGUUGGUUCCUUCCCAAAAGUUCGAAAGGGAGUUCACUCGAGAGGAGAAAGCUGCCUUGGGCAAACGAUGCAAGUUAGCCUUGGACACCGCUCGUGGUCAUGCAUUGAAACGGAUCGGCUACUCGGACAUUCGCUUUGUUCGGUACACAACCCAUUCAUUGGAAGAUACCCUACUUAUUGCAAUGUAG